AAGCAGUUUGCACAUGUCUGCAGGAGGUAGAGAACAGUUCGUGAGAGAAUCUUUGAAUUGAGACCUAUAGCCUCAUUCUCUACGAGCAGGACCUGUCACUUCACCUGGGAGGAAAGGAGAGAAGCAGUUUAAGAAGUAAACUGACGACCAAUUCAAGAAGCAUAGCCGCUACGCGUCGCAAUGGAUAAUUUUAAAAGACAACCUCAGAAACGCCCUCUGCAACCUGAAGAUUCAGUGCCAUCAGAAACUGAUCAAGGACCACUAGCGGCCAGAAAGCAAGAAUCUGGUGAUGGCAGCAGAUCAGGAAGCAAUUCGGAAUGCGAUAACAAUAACCGCAACCCACACCGUGAUGACCUUCAGAUUGAAUCAAACACGGAUAACAAGAAAACGCGCACCCACCGCAAAUCCCGACGAAGACCUCCUUACUCUUACAUUGCACUAAUUGCAAUGGCGAUCCAAAACUCUUCUGAGAAGAGAUUGACUCUGGAUGGUAUAUGCAAGUUCAUCAGAGACAGGUUUCCUUUUUAUCGUGAUACCUACCCAUCGUGGAAAAUUUGUAUCCGCAAUAACCUUUCUCUUAACGAUUGCUUCAUCAAGACUGGAAUAAAAUCUGAUGAGCCACUUAAAGGAAACUACUGGACACUGGAUCCAGAGAGUUAUAAUAUGUUUGAAAAUGGUAGUUUUCUUCGAAGGAAAACCAGGUUUAAAAGACAAGAUCCCAACAGAAUCGAAGCGAAGUCUAUCCCUGUUGUGGAAACGGGAAGGCACGCUUUCUCUUCUCCCUUAGAUCUCCACAAUAGAUUUGGUACAUCUUCCUUGGUGCCGCAAUUAAGUUUUUCAAGUCUUGAACCACACAAAAUGCCAGGGAUUACUCCUUUUGGAUUCCCCUUCCAGUAUUAUAGUCCUCCGACCUCGACAGAUUCAUUGUUUGUUCACUCACAGUUACCAUUUCUGCCUUAUUACCAAAAUCUUAACUGCACACAGUGCAACCUUUGUGAGGGCUCCAAGCAAUUUCAUCCUUAUUUGAGACUUUAGUAAAGGUAGAGAGAAGAGACAAAGUGGAAAUCAAGCUGAUAAUCGGACGAAUAACUGAAGAAAGAAAGAUGACGAACUUAUGAGGAAGAAGAAUCCUUGAAUGUUCAGGUUGUCUAUACGACUCAAACAUGUCAUCCAAAGUGAAAUAUAUAUCCUGUACAAAGCUAGGUUACAAAUUUAUGUAUUUUGAAAAAACUUUGCAAAGUAGGAAAGGUCGAGUAAGCUUCUAUCAAGCCCCAGAUCAAAUUUGAGGAAAGGACAACUUAAUUAUAUCGAACAAGGCUAUUCUUGUUACCUCUACAAGACGUUCUGGAAACAAGAUAACAAUUUUGUAUCUCCAUUUGUCAGGUAUAAAGCGGCGAGGCUAAUGUAUUAAAGUUCACGAAAUAUUUCAUGUUCUGAAAUUGUUAAAGAAUGGGUAGAGAGGAUUUAGAUGGGGUUUAUCUUGAAUAAUUCAAAGUUCUUUCAAGAUUGUGUUUUAAAUGAGGGCGAAACAGAUAAAAGUUCAAGUUUUAACGCUCAUUGUUACUACUUAAGGCUGUGUCGUUCUUAGUCGAUUGAAUAAAUGUCGUCUGAUGUGCAAAAAAU